AUGACUUCGCUGCCAACCAAAGUUCCUGAGAGACUUCGAAAUCUCGCGCACGCCGCUGACAAGGGCGAAGACGUUGGGAAGAGCAUGAUUAAUAUUCGAAUUCUUGGCUACCUUAUACACUUUGUUCCGACAGAUCAAGGAUUGAAAACGGUCGUCGAAGAGAUCUCCUCGUGCAAGGAUGAUUUUGCCCUUCUUAAUGUCGGGAAGAUGUAUUAUGAUCAUUAUAUUAGGGCGUUUAGAACCAACAGAGGCCACAUACCAACGCCCUCCAAUCAUGAAUCUCGACCCUCGUUUGAUAAGAUAGCAGAUAUGACCAAGACAACCAUGGUACUAAUGGCUCCUCAAUCCCACGCUGAUGCCAAAAAGAAUGUUUCUCUUUCUGCUUUUAUUCGUGAUGGAUAUCGCUGUGUUGUGACUGGGAAAUACGACUCACUCUCGGUAAGGGACAUUCGAGAGCUGAACGACAUUGUUCGUUCGGAUACCAGUUUGAGGAGGGAAUCGACGAGGUGUGCACACAUAUUCGCUGAAUCCACGAACUCAUCCAUCGAACCAGGCUCGGCUAAACGGGACCAUGCUGCCACAAUUGCAUCGUUUGGAAAACGUGGUUACGUGAUGACUUUGGUCCCUGGAUUUCAUGCGGAUUUCGAUGAGUUAAUGGUUUGGUUUGUUGCAACAGAUGAAGAGAACAAAUAUACGCUACAAGCGACAGACCCCACCAUCCUACGUGGCUAUCCGGAAUAUGUUACAUUCACCACGCCAGAUACAGUCAACCUUCCGGUUCCAUCUCCAACUUACCUCGCUAUACACGCUGCAUGCGCCAAGGUCGCGCAUUUAUCAGGAGCUGCUGAACGUAUCGACAAGUUCGACCGAGAUAUGGAGGACGGGACAACCCUCGAACCGAAUGGCGCCUCUGCCGAGUUGUUGGAAUAUGCCAUCUCUAAACUACAGGCAGCUGGAUAUGAGAUCACUGUUUGA